UUUUCUGUGUACCACCGAGAUGGCUGAUUCUGACUCUGGGGAAAGAAGCUAUGACAACAUGCUGAAAAUGCUGUCAGACCUGAAUAAGGACUUGGAAAAGCUGUUGGAAGAGAUGGAGAAAAUCUCAGUGCAGGCAACCUGGAUGGCCUACGACAUGGUGGUGAUACGCACUAACCCCAUGCUGGCCGAGUCCAUGCGCCGGCUGGAGGAUGCCUUUCUUAACUGCAAGGAGGAGAUGGAAAAGAACUGGCAGGAGCUGCUCAAUGAGACCAAGCGCAAGCAGUAGGCCCCGCUGCCCCUGGGCCACUCAUCCCAGCUGCUAUGCCACCAUCUGCCUGUGUAGAGAAGCCACUGGGGGUGGAACCGGUGCCCAAAUAUACAGCUGUAUGCACUGUACUUGUUUCUCAAUAAACUUAUUUUCAAGCACAA